AUUUUAGAUAUGCAUCUCGAGAUGCAUCCAAAGGUCAGUUAACGUUAACAAAUUCUAGAAAUACAUCUCCGGAAUAUUUUGGACGUUAAAUCGUAUCAGACCCUUCUCCUUUCUCAUUUCUCAUUUUCUUCAAAACCAUUCUUCAAACUCUCUCAAAUAUUUCUUUGCACCAACUCAAAACUCAACCAUUAAGGCUUAAAGGAGCUUCAAUCAUCAUCUCUAACAUCGGAAACAACAUCUGAAACAUCAAUUUCUUAUAAUUUUUUUUGAAAUUUUGAUAAUUUUUUUAGUUUUAGUGUAAAUGAGUAAAAAUCAAUUAUUAGAGUUAGAAAUUAGUAGAAAUGGCAUUUAAGAUGGUUUAGACACAUUGCAUUAGAUGCUUGUUGGCUGAAAAUGAUGAUCAAAACAAGUUUUUUUGACAUUGCACGGGGUACAUUGACAUCAUUGACGCAACUUCUGAGUUGCAGAAAAUUUCGGAGAUGCAUCUCUGGAUUUUUCAGCAUUUUAAUUUCCCAGUAACCGGAGAUGCAUCUCUAGAAUUUUCUCAGUCUUUUUAUUUUUUGAUUUUCUUACUUGUGUUAUUUUCCUGCACCAAUGGUCUGCCUUACAUUAACUUACAGGCAUAAUGGCUGAUAUACAAGAUAGAUUAAGGUAUGUGAGGGUUGCUCAGCACGCAUCCGUGCGGCGGAAGAAGAGCCAGCAAGUUCCGGAGGCUCAUGAUCCCUCCAGUCAAGAAGAGCCAUCUACUUCUGAGGCUCAUGUUUCUCCUCAUGCCACUCCAUCUUCUUCUUCUCGUAGGAGACGAGAUUCACCAUCUGACGCAUCACUCCAUUCAUCCUCCCGCAGGCGUCAAGUUUCACCAGUGCCAUCUAUUACUAUAGAUACUAUUGAUCCACUCCCAUAUCCUACUGUUGAUGCUACUGAUCUAGUACCACCUCCAGAGGGUGAGGCUGAUGUGCAUGCUAAGCUAGAGGAAUUUGGAGGAGACCCAGUUGAUUUGUCAUUACUGCCUCUCUAUCCAGACCAUACUACCAGACAUAUUUGGGACAAAGAGGAGUGUGGUCCGCAAAAGUUUCUUAACCACAUGAGGAAGAUUGUUGUAUUGCCUCAGUCGAAUGAGGAAUGGUUUUAGUCAGUUUUGUCCUUAUCUUGUCUGAAGGACUUAUGCAUUACCUAUUAUACUACAGUCAUCCAAGGGAUGCUUAAUGCGUUCGUGGAGAUAUGGCACUCGGAGACCUCGUUCUUUCAUCUCCUGCAUGGUGAGAUGUCUAUCACACUUAACAAUGUAUCAUGUUUGCUACAUAUUCCGAUCAGGGGAGAUUCCUAUAUCAUGGGAGGAUGACCAAAGACGAGGCACUUGAGAUUAUGGUAGAGUAUUUGGGGUCUGAUUUAGGGGAGGCAAUGGAUGAGUUGGAUAAGACCAGGGGUGCUCAUGCUAGAUUUGUAUACCUGAAGAAGGUAUAUGAGGAUGCGCUCUUGAGUGAAUAAUAGGAUGAUGGUGAUGAUGAGUAGGUGGUGUUCCACAUAUCGCAUGCAUUGAGAGCAUACAUGAUUUAUUUGGUUGGCAUCGUGAUUUUUAUGGACAAGAGUUCCACCUAUAUGGACGUCGUCUACCUACCUUACUUUGUGGACUUCUAGCAGAUCCAUGAGUACAACUGGGGGCGGCUUGUUCGGUCUACCAUUAUUCGAAGUUGAGAGAGGGCUGUAUAUGGAUGACGAAGCAGGUCACAGAUAGUGUCUCACAACUGACGAUAAUAAUUAUUGAUCUUUGAAUGUUUCUUUGUCAUUUUCAUUUCGUCUUUGCAAAGCCAUUACUGGUGAUUCGUAUGUUCCAAACGUUUCAUUUCAGGGUUAGAUCCUCCAACACUUCAUGCAUCUCUGGUUGAGCGAGUGUGCUUGAUUACACUGAGGAUAUGCUGAAUUCUACUGCUUUUAUCCCACUUCGAGGGAACUAGGCAACCGAGCCUUACAAAGUUUAUCUUGACCAUUUGGUUAUUAAGGACAUGCAAUUCAACAACUAUGUUGAUUACUGUGGGACACGACCAUUUGACGGGAUAAUGCUAUACUCUGGAUGGUUGGCAUGCGGAUCACGUCUCAUUUCUCCUCAUCUUCUCGAGCGCGUCAUACGACACUUCGGCUACACUCAGACCAUUCUCAUACACUUUGUUGUCUCUGCUCCUCAUGCCUUGACACGUAGAUAGAUAAAGGACAUGUUUGAUGAUUAUGAGAGUCAUCUAGUACCGGAGGAGGCACGGGAUACCAUAGCUGAGAGCGAUCGGAGCUAUAUCGAAGGGUACAUCAAAUGGUUCUUCAGGGUGUCACAUUCAUACAUGGUGCAGGAUGCUCCAGAAGAUUGAUAACACCAAAUUACACUGUUAUUUUGACUCGUUUUGUACUUGUUUUAUUAUCGUUUUACCUCGAUUUCCAGUGUUAUAUGGAUAUUUUAUCUGCAUUUCAGGUAUUUGACCAUAUAGGAGCCAUGUGCAAAGAAACGAAGCAAUUCAGAUGCAAAACAAAGAAAAAAUGGGAAAUUGCACACAAGGCGGCCUACAUGGCGUUCGCCAUGGAGAAUGCCGUAUGACAAAUGACGUGUUCCACUCACCAACUAGUAGAUUGACCCACUCUUCCACACAUUGCGAAGGUGGCGUUCACCACCUUGAUAUGGCAUUCGCCAUCCUUUGUGAAGGCCCGACGGUUAGAAAAUGGAUUUGCUUGGUCUCCCACUCACCCCAUGCACUCCUAAAUUUUCUCCCAUAAAUGAAGAAGCUUCCCACUUGAUACUUUGGACUUUGGAACUUUAUAAAUAGGCGAUAAGCUUCAUUUUCCAAGGUAUCAAAUCUUAGCACAAUCUUGAGCACUAGAAUUACCGAUCAAAGUUAUAACACGUCACAUCGAGGGAUUAUAGCACCACAGAGCAUUGAGUUUGUACGAAGUUUGGAGCAUUUUAUUUUCCUACAUUUUAAUAUUGUCGCUAUUUAUAUUUCUUUACAAGUCUUCAGCAAUUUAUUUUCCUCACCUCGCACUACUUCAUUUAUUUCCAAGUCUUAUUUAUCGCACCGUAUUCUUUUAAAUUACCUUUCCGCAAUGUCUACUUCUAAGUUUCAAACUUAUGUUUUCAUGUUUUUCAUAAGCAUGUCCAGCUAAUU